CCGGUUUCCGCAUGUGUGGCGGCGGAUCUGACGGUCGUUCCGAGAUUGUGGCCGCGCUUUUUCUGUGACAUAUGCUUCCUAUUGGACACGGAACAACAUUGAAUGAUUGGGAUAUUCCCUGAAUUAAAAUUGGAUUGAGUGCUUCGGUCCAUGUGAAAUGGAUUUCUCAAAGUUCUUGGACGACAACUUCGAUGUGAAGGGCUGGGUGAAUGGGGCUUUCAAAACAGUUCAAAAGGAAGCCCCAGGGAAGGUCGACAGUCACGCCGCCACCCUGGUGAUGAAGCUGCAGUUGUUCAUUCAGGAGGUGAACAAUGCAAUCGAAGAGACUAGUCAUCAGGCUUUGCAGAACAUGCCCAGAGCUCUCCGCGACAUGGAAGCUCUGAAACAGGAAGCUUCCUUCUUGAAGGAACAGAUGGUACUUGUUAAGGAAGAUAUUCGAAAAUUUGAACAGGAGACAGCACAAUCCAUGCAGGUUCUGAUCGAGAUCGAUGAAGUGAAGUCAAGAAUGCAGAUGGCGUCAGAGGCACUGCAGGAGGCCGACAAGUGGAGUACACUCAGUGCAGACAUCGAAGAAACACUGAAGUCGCAGGAUAUUGAAGCCAUUUCCGCCAAAUUGACCAGUAUGCAGAACAGUCUUGCGAUGCUGGUGGACACGCCUGAUUACUCUGAGAAAUGCGUUCACCUGGAGGCACUAAAGAAUCGGCUCGAGGCCAUGGCGAGUCCACAGAUCGUGGCAGCAUUCAACUCUCAGUCUGUUGAUCAGGCCCGCCUUUUUGUGAAAGUGUUUGUGGCUGUGGAUAGAAUGCCUCAGCUCCUGACCUACUACUACAAAUGUCACAAGGGCCAGUUGGUCUCGGUGUGGCAGGAACUUUGCCAAAGUGACCUUAGUCUGGAUCAUCAACUCAGAGAGUUCUACGAUACCCUCCUGGUGACUUGGCACUCCCAAAUACAAUGGACCUGUCAGGUCUUCAAGAAUCCUUAUGAGAUUGUUACGGUGCUACAGAUCCAAACGCUUGGGGCCAUCGUUCCAUCAAUCCCUGUCUGCCUCAGCACUGCAAUUGAGAAGGCAAGCCAGGAGGAUAAGUUGAGUGUGCUGCUGGAUCUCUACGACAGCACCGCUCACUUUGCCAAGAGCCUGGAGGCGGCAAUGCUACCACACCUGGGUGAGACCAACCUGGUGAAAGUUACGGAGCUAGUUGCAGCAAUCCAUAGUCCUUACGUGCCAUAUCAGCUGCAGUAUGGUGACCUCGAAGGUUCAAACCUGCUCAUCCAGAUCAGUGCAAUCCCUCUGGAGCGUGUGGAACUGAUUGACUCUGUGCAGGAGCUCAGUCAGUCAGUGAAUAAACUCUUCAGCCUGGCUGGAGGCGCAGUGGAUAGAUGCGUGAAACUGACUGAUGGGCUUGCAUUUUGCGGCUUGCUAAAAGCACUCAAGGGUCUCUUCUCAAAGUAUGUGUCUGACUUUGCCAGCACUCUGCAGUCCAUCCGCAAAAAAUGCAAACUGGAGGAAAUUUCCAAUGGCUCCUUGUUCCAGGAAGACUGGACUGCUUUCCAAAACUCUAUCAGAAUUAUAGCGACCUGUGGUGAACUAUUGCGACAGUUUGGAGAUUUUGAACAGCAACUCUCCAACAGAAUACUGUCCACUGCAGGGAAAUAUUUAUCAGAAUCGUACAGUCCAUGUAGUUUGACCGGUAUACAAGAAACCAGCUGUUCUGACAAAAAAUCCUCCACUAAGAAUCCUUGGCAAGAAUACAAUUACUUACUGAAGGGAAAUCCAAGUGAAUAUGCCGGUCUAAUGGAAAUGCUUUAUACAUUGAAGGAAAAAGGAACGGGGAACUAUAACCUGCUGUCAGAGCCUCGAGCGGCUCUGGGCCGUCUCAACCAACAAGCACAUCAGCUGGCUUUCGACUCUGUCUUCCUCCGCAUCAAGCAGCAGCUUACACAGGUGCCUAGGAUGGAGACCUGGAAUGCAGGGACAACAGGAGAGACACUGACUGAGGAUCUUCCAACAUUCAGCCUUGUUCCCCUGGAAUACAUCAGCAAUAUUGGACAGUAUAUUAUGUCCUUGCCUCUGCAUCUGGAACCCUUUGUGACACAGGAGGAUCCGGCACUUGAGUUGGCACUGCAUUCUGGAAAACUCCCAUACCCUCCAGAGCAAGGAGAUGAGGUGCCAGAAGUAGACAACAUGGCUGAUUACUGGCUGGGCUCCAUUGCCAGGGCAACAAUGCAUACUUACUGUGAAUCCAUUCUGCAGAUCUCGGAGCUUACACCCCACGCAACCAAGCAACUCAUCACAGACAUUGAUUACCUCAGCAAUGUAAUGGACGCUCUUGGCCUGCAGCCAUCCCGAACUCUGCAGCAGACUGCAAUGGCUCUGAAAGCAAAGCCCGAAGAAUUCAGACAAGCCACAAAGGGGCUUCCACGGAGAAUGACGAGUGCAAUCACAUCCAUGAGGAGUAUCCAGUACUGACCAACAGAUAGAACUCUCUAUUUCUAUUGAAUUAGUGACACAGCGUGGAGUUGGCCCCUCUGGCCCUUCGAGCCACGCCGCCCCAAGCAACCCUGACAAACCCAAUUAAUCCCAACCUAAUCACAGGACAAUUUACAAUGACCUUCUAAUCUACCCGGUAUGUCUUUGGACUGUGGUUAGGAAACCAGAGGACCCAAUGAAAACCCACUCAUUCCACGGGGAAGACGUGCAGAGACCCCUGACAGAGCGGUGCUGGAAUUGAACUCCAUACUCCAGGACACCCCAAGCUACACUACUGUGACGCCCUAGUGAUAUUUUGGGAACACUAUUCACGAACACAAUCUGUUUCAUUCUUAUGUGGGAAGACCAUCAUUCUGGGUGGCUUACAGACCAAUUUUGUGAGUCCUCUAUGCUGGUACAAUGGACCCUUCAUGCUGAGUUGUUUGAUACUGAGUAUCUGACGUGGGUUCCACACUCCAAUCUUCAGACAAUUUGAAAAGGCCAGGAUUGGUGAUUAGAAUAUUGCAAGUGUUCUGAUAAUGGGUAGGGGAAGUUAAAAUUAAACAGCACCAUGAUCACUAUCUGUAGACACCUGAACCAAACCAGUGCUGGAGGUAUAUUUGCCCUUGGCUGUUAGACCUGAGAGUGUAGUAUCUGCACCAGAGCGAUCCUGGGUAGCCUCUUAAGCUUGCAUGACUGAAAAUGAGCCACAGCAGCGCCUUCAAAGGUAACACAAAGAGCCAAAGUCUUUGUAAAUGAUGGUAAGGAAACCAGCAAGAAGAGACUGAAUGUGGAGGAAACGUUUGAGAGACUAAAUGGCAAGAAAAAGUCUGUGAGCGUGUUUCAAGUAGCUCAUGAAUACACUUUCUCAGGUGGGACUUCAAAGUCCUCCCGACUGGAAUCAAUUUACUCAUGGCAAAUUAAUUUAAGAGAAGUUCCAGUGGCCCUUCUCACAGCUCCACAGAGCAAUGGAAGGAAGAGUACACAACCUCACCGAAACUACGCAGGGUAGGAAGACAAACCUGCAUGAUAUGUUGCAGGCAAGUAGCAUAAUGAGGCUGUGAACUGCAUGGACUGCAGUCAUUGGGUAAUGAAUUGUAUCUUGUAGACAUUGAGAAAUGAAGUAAAUCAUUUUUCUUGAAAAUAUGUUUAAAAUGUAUUAAUUUAUUAUGAGGUUGUGUGUCUUUGCAAAGAAUAUAUGGAGAAAUAUUUUAACUGCAGAAUUCCCUCCUGAAGCCUCUCUAGAAUUCUCACUAGUUCAUUUUUGGACCGUUCACUGUGCUAAAGGCAUUAUAUAAUUGCAAACGUUUUCAAUUUCCUGGUGACAGCUCCUUGCACAGGUUUUUCUGGAAUCUCUGGAGGGGGUGGUGGUAGCUGGUUUGUCAGGAUUGUGUGUGCCUUUUUCCAGCCAAUAUAUAUAGCAGUUGUGCCUGAGUCAUUCAAAAGCCCAUACAGAAAGGAAGGUCUGUUGUUUCUGUGUCAGUUCUAAUUCAUGCGAUCAUUUCAGCUCUUCUUUUUCCAUGUUUACUCAUCAGGUAAAGAGCUUCUAGUGAACCUCUUUCCCUUUAUCUUUUCUGGAACGCAUGACUAGGAUGGUAAUGUUGAAAAAAGUAAAAAAUAUGUGGAUGCCAUUUAUGUUAAGACUGGGGGCCAAUGUCAUUGGAAGGGCAGGAACAAGAGCUUUCCUUCUCUAUUGAUGUGGUGAAAGGUGGUUUCAUUUUCGGAUCCAUCACCAUGUGGCUCUUUCCAUCUCGCAGGUAUGGGAUUAGAAAGCCCAAAACACUGAAGCCAAUAAACUGGAUACCAGUCAUAGCUCAAUGCAUGAGAAAUUCACCUUGGAAAUCUGUAUGCAAUUAAUGCCGAGACUUUAAUUGUCUUGCUGAGGUAUCAAGUUUUGGAUGAGGAGUUAAAUUUAAGUCCUUUAAGUCCACAUUGGUGGGAGCAAAAACCAAUAGUCCACAUGUCAGGAAUCAGGACAUGAAGGAUUCCACUGCAUUCCAACAAGGUCACAAGUGUUACUAAUAAUCUGUCUGAUAACUCCUCAUUAUCAGACAAAAUCUGAUGAUCUGGCCAGUGCUAUAUUGUGUUUGCAGGACUUUGCUGUGCACAACUUGUUCACGGUGUUUCCUGCAUUGCACAUAGGCACAGCUAAUGGAGCUGCUGCCUCAGAGUUCCAGCGACCCAGGUGCAAUGCUGACUUCCCCUGUUUGGAGCUUGCACUCUCCCGCUGUAACCACAAGAGUGUCCUCUCACAUCCCAAAAACAUGGUGGGUGGUAGUUUAAUUGCUCCAACAUACAGUUUGUAAGGACAGUUUACAGGAAUGUGGAGAGAGUAAGUGCUUAAUUGAGGUUGCAGACUAGGUUAGCGACAAGACUGUUUCUUUUUGACAUUUGUAAGGUAUUUCAUUGCUAUUAAACACCUUGCAAAUGUCUUCAGGUGCUGAAAGGCACCAUUUGAAUGUAACUGGGGAAGUACAUUUCCUAAUGUGAGAAUGCCCCAGUGUGAGCACCAGAUCACUAAGUGUAAACAGUUGUGAGCCACUUCAGUAAAGAGAUCAGGAAUUUAUUCAUUAAUGUUAUGAGCUGUGCAAAUCAUCCUGUAGGGGAAGAUCUUGUUAUUUGGGUACUCAGUUUGGUGAAGUGUGUGAGCAUUAAGUUUGUAAUGAUGUGGAGGUCAUAUGACUGUAUUGAGGACUAUGAUUUAGUAGCUUGAGAAAUCUGAUUCCCUAGGAGGGAGUGUCUUAUGGCCCAGGAAGUCGAUGUCUUCUGCCAUGAGAUGAGGCUUUUGGUGCUUCUCUGGGACUUUCACCCAUAUUGGUCUUCCCUGCUCCUCUUGUUUCAGCUGCUCUUCAGGCUUCACCUCAUCAUCCCUGUGUGUGUGGUUUCUCUGGCUGUGACUGGUAAGGUUGUGGACCAGACAGCACAACAUGAUAACAUCUCUGCACCUACUGGGCGUGUACCCUUGGACUGAUGAUGGGUCUCGCUGUGUGGCACUCAGCCACUAGAGAAGGAAAGUGAAUUAACAUGAGAAGCCAGGGAAGUCGAGAGUGGCCCCUGACCCAGAACCCACCACAGUGGGCAGUAUAAGAUGUGAUAAAUGGCGGACAGUUCAGUCUCCCUCAAAAGAAGCCAUUGUGUGUGUUCCCAGAAAUAUGGCAUUCACCAUGAGGAUUUUUUUUAUGAUUUACAACCACCUCCCCUCAAAAAUAGAAGGAGCCUUUUGGAGGAAAGGUCCAGAUUAUUAGUAUUAACCAUCAUGGGAACAUGCAUGCAGUCAGUGACUCCAAACUAGUAGGAAGCCAGUUGUGCCAAGGAAUUCAAGUGCCUGAGAUACCAUCUGAUCUUCAGAAUCUAAAUAGCUAAAAUCCUUUCCGAAUUGCCUCAGAAAUAGUGGUAAGCAGCAAAAUGGAGAUAGUCAUAGAAAGAAACUCCGCACAAGUAAUCUGUUCAGCCCACUGAGUCUGCACCAACCAUCAACCAUCUGUUUACACAGACCCUACUCUAAUUCUUUUUUUUUCUCCUCAUAUUUUUGUCAACUCUCCCUAAAUUCCACCACUCACUUACAUGUUAGGGGCAAUUUACAGUGGACAAUUAAACUACCAACCCACACAUCUUUGAGAUGUCAGAGCAAACCCACACAGUCACCGGAGAAUGGGCAAACUCCACAAAGACAGAGUCCUGGUGUGACCUUUUAAAUUACGAUAAAUGCGAGAAUCUAGCACUCCCACUUGCACUGUGACCAUUCAGUAAAGAUUUAAUCUAAAAAACUCCAAUUUAUGUAGGUAUAAAUGAGGUGAAAAUAGUGAUGUCUUUAGUAGCAUUUUUUUUACACUGGAAAACAUCAGAUGUACUAUUGUGAAAGCACAUGCAGUACCCAGUUUAUUUUCCAAUGAAGGCCAUUCACCGGAACGUAAUCACUAGGGCUUGAAAAACAACAGCCAAUUUGUACAGUCAUUACCUUUUGUGCCUCUUGUAUUGCUUCCAGCUCAACAUUUAAUGGGAUGAUUAUAGAAUGUUUUCCUCCACAUCGAACCCUGGUUCAUUUUAUGGAACGUCAGUGGCUUUUACUCUGUCUUACUGUGUUGUACAUAUUCUGGGUACAUUUGAAGGCACAGUGCAGAAGAAACUUUACUAUGUAAAUACCUUGUGUUAUAUCUGCUUUGGGAUUAUCUACUUGGAUAGUAUAAAGAGAUCUUUACUCAAGUGAGGUAGCUUGUCAGGAUGGUAUAAAAUGCAUUAGAUCUGCUUGUUAGUGUUAGAUGUCUGUGUCCAUUAUGGACAGGGUGUGUUGUUGAGAGAACAUUCUUUCUGCUGAGUAGAACUUUAGGAAAGUAGGACUAACUAGUCUGAGCUAUUAGAAGAAACAGGGACAACAUUUAUAUUUUUGUACCUGUAACUUUUAACCUUGAAUUAAUUUUCUUUCUCAUCACAAAGGCAUGAUUCGGACCUUAGUUGAAGUGAGAAAGAUGUGCAGCUGAAUAUGAAUUGUAACCAGUGCAUGAUCAUGUCAUUAUCAAACAUCCUCGUGCAUAAACAUUCCAGCACACCUUGAUGAGAGUCAUGAUCUACAAUCUGGCCGAGUUGCCUGAAUUGGAGCCAGUUAACACCAAAUGUGGUCUGUAUGCUGCAGCUCCACUUCACUAAGCCACUAUCACCUUUGGUAACUAAUAAAUACUAUUUUGUCAAUACCCCAUAUGGAUUGGAAUGAGCACAAGGCCAUUUGCUCCUUAUAUGUGUGCAGUCUGUAUAAUCAGAAUGUCUGAACAGUUCCACUUCCCUGCUUAUUCCUCCCACCCUUGAAAUGUUUCCCCUGCAAAUGUUAUCUGGCUUCAUUUUGAAUCUUACUGUGGUAUUUGUUUUGAUCAUUCAUUUAGACAAUGCAAUUUAGAACACACGACCGAGAAGUUCAAUACCCUUAGCUCUUUACUGUCAGUUAUCUGCUUUCUCUCAUCAUCAACAGACUUCUUAGGAGAAGCCUUAAAUACCUGUUGCCUUUUUGUCUUGAACCCCAGUUGAGAACAGUGCAGAGUUAUUAGAGUUGUACAGGCUGGGAGUUUGAUGUAUCAACUGGAAUUGACUGGAGGGGAUAAUUCUAGUUUUAGUCUCCAUUCAUUGCUCCAACUUGAGUUCACAGGUGCAGAAAUCCCAGAUCUCCUGCAAGAGCUUUGUUGCCUGAGUGCCAACUAGCUUGAUCCAGGUCAAACCUGCUCUCACUCAACCCCUUAGUGAGGCUCAGUCACUGGAGUCAAGUGGGUUUGCUUUGGGUGGUCCUUUUAACCUCAGGGCAGAAAGGAUGUAUUGCUACCUUAAAGCAGGUUGAACAAUUGCCUGAUACUGUCAGCAUAGGAAGUAUGUUGUAAUGCUUUGUCUGAAACAUACAACAAUAACACCAAAUUUGCAGAUAUGGUUUAAACAGUACCAAACCUGAUUCAGUUUGAAGCAAGAGUCAAAUUACUAUCCUGUGCUGUAGUCCUUUAAAACAUUUAAUUCAGCUGUAGCAUAGGAGGUGAUUCAUUGUAAGUGAAAGACUUGCUAGGCCACUUUCCAGACUCUAACUGUAACUCACUUGGGCUGUACCUGUUUCAGAGUGCUGGGACAAUGUAGCUUUACUCUGUAUUUAACCUUUGCUGUGUUUUGCUGGAAGUUAUUUGAUUUAAGCUUGUUAGGAUCUGGGAGUUACUGGGAAUAUCGACAUUAAUUGACAAGCUCUAAUUUUCAGUGAGAAUGUGAUGGCUAGCUACCUCCUUUGAUCCAUUGCAAUCCUGAUAAAGGUUGUUCCACGGUGCUGCUGGGCAGGGAGUUUCCAGAUUUAAACUCAGUAACAAUGAAGGAAAGGUUAAAAUGGUGUUAUUAGUGUGGGAACAUGUAGGCAGCAGGGAUCCCAAGCACCUGAAACGCUUGUCCUUCUAGGUAGUGCUGGUUGCAGAUUUGGGAGAUGCUCUCCUAGGGCUUAAUUCAUCUCCAGCAACCAUAACUAUCUUCCUUUUCACAAAGUAUGACCUCAGUCACUUGAGUGUUUUCACCUUGAGGCCCAUUGACGUCAGUUUUGCCAGAGUUUUCUGAUGGUGCAUUUGGUCAGAUGCUGUCUGAUGAUCGAGAGUAGACUGGUUGGGUAAUAAUUAACUGGACUGGAUUUACUUUGCUUUUUGUGAACAGAACAUUCUUUGGCAAUGUUCCACAUUGUUGUGCAGAUGCCUGGUGUUGUAACCAUAUUGGAAGAGUAUGGUUAGAGAUACAGCUUGUUCUAGUUCAGAUGGAGUAUUGUUUAAUCCCAUAGUCCUUCCUAUCUCCACCGUUCUCAUUUUGCUUCUUGAUGUUACAUGGAAUGAUUUGAACUGGUUCCAGGUCACUGGUCCAGUAUGAUAACUCCACUACUGUGGCACCCCAUAUGUAUGUGUAAAACUGUUAAAGACCUCAAGAAAAAACUGUAGAAGAUUGUAUAGUAGUUCAAAAGUAUUUGUUCAAAUGUGUUUGUGAUAUGUUGAUGUCGAUUGUUACUCUCUACAAGCACAGGCUUUAUUGCAAUCUUUAAAUCUGUAACUGAUAACAGAUCAAUAAUUCUGUAAUUUAUACUUUAAUUAAUAUUGAUUGAAGUUUACUUGUACAAAACUGAAAAGCAUCACAGGGAUUGUUUACAGAAGUAAAUUUUUGAUGGAUUGCAAGUUCAAAAAUGCAGCACAGUGCCUGGCUGUAAAACAAUUUGUACUUUUUUGAUUUUAUUAGAUGGCAGAUAAAAAUUCCUAUUGCUUUAUGCAUUAACUGAGAAACAUGUGGCCUCAGUUUAAAUCAAUUUGAACUUUCAAAUGAAAAUAUUUUCA